UGGCGUGGUGGGCAGAGAAAGGAGAGCGCACGAACCACUAAGCAACUUCAGUUUUUGACGGAUUUAAAACACAUAUAAACGAGGAAUUAAACCGGUAAACUAAAGUGAAUUGUCCGACACGCGAAUUGGAUAAGCCAAAAUAUUUCCAGAAUUUCCUACUACACAGAAUAUGACAGACACCUAGCGCACAGCAAAGGCAUGGCGACAGCAUACCUGGACCCCAACCUCAACCACGCCCUGGCUGGGGGGGCCAAGUCGCGCCUCAGCGCGGGCACAGGCACAGCCACCGAGCGAGCCCCCGGGGCUCCAGACAGGGUCCUGAAGGUCUUCCAUCACUUCGAGAGCAACAGCGAGCACAGCACAUGGGCCAGUAACAUCCGCCAUGGGGACGCCACCGAUGUCAGGGGGAUCAUCCAGAAGAUUUUGGACAUCCACAAGGUGAAAUGCGUGGCGUGCUUUGGCCUGCGUCUCAGCCACUCCCAGUCCGGCCAGGUCCACUGGCUCCACCCUGAUAUGGGCGUGUCCCAUGUGAGGGAGAAGUACGAGCAGAACCGCUCCCAGGAGGAGUGGAGAUAUGAGCUGCGUAUUCGCUACCUUCCAAAGGGAUUCCUGCACCACUUCAGUGAAGACAAACCCACACUCAACUACUUCUACCAGCAGGUGAAAAAUGACUACAUGGUGGAGAUAGCGGAUCAGGUUGAGCAAGACAUUGCACUUAAGUUGGGAUGCCUUGAAAUCAGGAGAUUCUUCCGGGAGAUGCGAGGAAAUGCCCUGGACAAGAAAUCUAACUAUGAACUAUUAGAAAAAGACGUGGGCUUAAGAAGAUUCUUCCCUAAGAGUUUACUGGAUUCAGUCAAGGCCAAAACCCUGCGGAAGCUGAUCCAGCAGACAUUCAAACAGUUUGCCAACAUGAAUGAUGACCAGAGCAUCCUCAUGUUCCUGGAGAUUCUGGCGCCCGUCUACAGAUUCGAUAAGGAGUGUUUUAAAUGUGCUCUCGGGUUGAGCUGGGUCAUCCAAGUAGAGUUAGCCAUCGGACCUGAGGAGGGCAUUAGCUACCUUACAGACAAGGGCUCAACUCCAACCCACCUGGCCAACUUCACCCAGGUGCAGACCAUUGGGUACUCCGUCAUGGAGGACAAGGAGAGGAAGGGCAUGCUGCAGAUCAACGUGGCCGGUGCUGCUGAGCCUCUCACAGUGACCACGCCGUCACUCACCACAGCUGAAAACAUGGCCGACCUCAUAGACGGCUACUGUCGCCUGGUCAACGGAGCCACCCAGUCCUUCAUCAUACAGCCACAGAAAGAGGGAGAGAGAGCAUUGCCGUCAAUCCCAAAGGCACCCAACAAUGAGAAGAAGGUAGUAGAGGGGGUGGUCCGGAGCGCUGGGGUGCGUGCCAUCUCUGUCUCAGAGACGGACGAUUAUGCUGAGAUUAUAGAUGAAGAGGAAACCUACACCAUGCCUUCAACCAGGGACUAUGAGAUCCAGAGAGACCGGAUAGAGCUGGGACGCUGCAUCGGAGAGGGACAGUUUGGAGACGUCCACCAGGGAGUCUACAACAGCCCGGAGAAUCCCACUCUGAACGUGGCCAUUAAAACAUGCAAGAACUCCACAUCGGACAGCGUGCGUGAGAAGUUCCUUCAGGAAGCAUUGACCAUGCGUCAGUUCGACCACCCCCACAUAGUGAAGCUGAUCGGUGUGAUCACAGAGAACCCAGUGUGGAUCAUCAUGGAGCUGUGCACGAUGGGAGAGUUGAGGUCCUUUUUACAAGUAAGGAAGUACAACCUGGACCUGUCAACGUUGGUCCUGUUCUCCCACCAGCUCAGCACAGCCUUGGCCUACCUGGAGAGCAAACGCUUUGUCCAUAGGGACAUUGCUGCCAGGAACGUGCUAGUGUCUUCCACAGACUGUGUGAUGCUGGGAGACUUUGGCCUCUCGCGUUACAUGGAGGACAGCUCCUACUACAAAGCUUCCAAGGGGAAACUUCCAAUAAAAUGGAUGGCUCCAGAAUCCAUCAACUUCAGACGCUUUACCUCAGCCAGCGAUGUGUGGAUGUUUGGUGUGUGCAUGUGGGAGAUCCUCAUGUACGGUAUCAAGCCCUUCCAGGGGGUGAAGAACAACGAUGUCAUCGGGCGGAUAGAGAACGGAGAGCGUCUGGCCAUGCCCCACAACUGUCCCCCCACCCUGUACAGCCUGAUGACCAAGUGCUGGUCCUACGACCCCAGCAAGAGACCCCGCUUCACAGAACUCAAAACACAGCUCAGUACAAUCCUGGAGGAGGAGAAGGCCCAGCAGGAGGAGAGACUGAGGAUGGAGAUGAGACGUCAGGUCACUGUGUCCUGGGACUCAGGGGCCUCUGACGAGGCCCCCCCUAAACCUAGCAGACCUGGUUACCCCAGCCCUCGGUCUAGUGAAGGAUUCUACCCCAGCCCUCAGCAUGCUGGACAGCUCAACCAUUACCAGGUUGGGUACCCUGGCCCCCACGGCAUUCCCGCUAUGCACAGUGGAGGGUACUCUCCCCAGGCCGGUGUUCUGGACCCUCAGGAGGCCUGGAACCACCACCGACCAGGAGACGUCCCCAUGUGGUCCCCCAACAUGGAGGACGGAGGUGCGUUGGACAUGCGUGGUCUGGGCCAGGCGCUGCCCCCCCACCUGAUGGAGGAGAGGCUGAUGCAGCAGCAGCAGCAGAUGGAGGAGGACCAGCGCUGGUUGGAGCAGGAGGAGUGCUUCCUGAAGCCAGAAUCCAGGAACUCGCGGGGCAGCAUUGACAGGGAGGACUGCAGUCUCCAGGGGCCGACAGGAAACAUAUACCAACCAGUGGGACUGGGGAAACCAGAGCAUGUGGCCCCUCCUAAGAAGCCUCCUCGUCCUGGAGCCCCCAGCCACCUGGGCAGUCUGGCCAGCCUCAACCCUGUAGACAGCUACAACGAGGGGGUCAAGAUCCAGCCUCAGGAGAUCAGCCCUCCCCCCACGGCCAACUUGGACCGCUCCAACGACAAGGUGUAUGAGAACGUGACGGGCCUGGUCAAGGCUGUUAUAGAGAUGUCCAGUAAGAUCCAGCCAGCCCCUCCAGAGGAGUACGUCCCAAUGGUCAAGGAGGUGGGACUAGCGUUGAGAACCCUAUUGGCCACAGUGGACGAGACCAUACCAGUGUUACCAGCAAGCACACACAGAGAGAUUGAGAUGGCCCAGAAGCUGUUGAACUCUGACCUGGCCGAGCUGAUUAACAAGAUGAAGCUGGCCCAGCAGUACGUCCUCACCAGCUUGCAGCAGGACUACAAGAAACAGAUGCUGACGGCGGCCCACGCCCUGGCCGUAGACGCCAAGAACCUGCUGGACGUCAUCGACCAGGCCCGGCUCAAGAUGAUCCACGCCCAGUCCCGGGGGUCACACUAGCCCCCUCCGACUCCUAGCUCCUUGGGCAUGGAAGACCUCUGAGGGGAGGGAGAGGGAUAUAAGAGGGAAGGGGGUCUGGUGCUGUGGAAAUGGGGCUGGUUGGUUUCAGCUCCCAUAGCAAUCAUAGACUGCACAAUAAGUCACAAGUCAAGACUGCUCAGCUCGCACUUCGGUCAGAGCUCCUGAUACUACAGAACUGGUCACUCGACUCAAUCGUACCCUUCCACCCCCUUCCUGAAAACUGUUUUAUAGGCUUCUGUUCUGUCUGUCGCUGCUCUCCAGAAUGUUUGAAGAUCAGUUACAUACAAUCUCUUCUGUUUUAUUUGAUGUGUCUGCGUCUCGGUUGUGCUGAUUGUUUUUAAAACAUUUUUAUCUAGAGAUUAAUUUCAGUGUUUUUUUUUUACCAGAGAUUAAUUUCAGCUCACAUCAUCAGACGUCCUCUUCUUCCAGGUGGCUGAUAAUAAUCACAGAUUUGAUCUGGAAAUAGAAAACAAUUCCAACUGGAAGAUUUGAACCAUUGAAGAACUACAAGCUAUAUGUGAUUACCAUUUUCUUUCUGAGAGAUCUCAGUGGUUGGGAUGUCUGUGUUAAACACUAUUACCUAAGGUGUGCUAAAGAAUCAAAGCAUAUUAUGACUGUUUUGGACGCUCAUCAUUUGUAUUUUUUGGCCAUUCUCUGACACACGGACUCGGGCACCUCUCGACACAGUGAAUAAUACAGUGAAUAAUAAAAUAUCACAAAAUGAAUGAUAUUUAUUUUUAUUCAACACAAAUGUCACAUGCCACUUUUUAAGUUAACUAAUAAUGAAUAUACAAAUGGUUAUGUUAUAUAUAUAUAAGCAUUCAGCAUCUCUGGGAUUUAAAUGUUAUGAGAGGCUUAUUUUCCUCAUUGUAAGCUUCCAGCGCAUUUAAGUUCCACAGUGGAGAUGAACUAUCAUGUUUGAAUCCUCUCAUAGUUUGGCAGUUAAAACCCCUGUCCCAUUGCUAGUCGUUUUCUUAUCACUGAAAGUGUUUUUGUAUAUUUAAACCAAGUCUGGUGUCACACAAACCUUCUUUUGAUUUGAUCCCUAUUUCUUGGGUUGUUCGUAUUCAUUAGUGCACACCGCAACAAAACAUUUUGCAACGGAAAACAAAAACAAGCAUCUCUUAUUGGAGAACUUCAGGUAGUCCCUCCAUGUUCCAGUACAUUUUCUUGUUUGGUGCCAAAUGAAUAUGACCAUGGUUUACGCAGAUUCUGCCCUUCCUUUAGACCAGGGUUUCCUAACUCGGUCCUGGCGACCCACCUGGGGUUUUUGCCCUAGAACUACACCGCUGAUUCAAAGCUUGAUGAUGAGUUGGUUAUUUUAAUCAGCGGUGUAGUUCUAGAGGAAAAAUCUAAAAGUGCCCUCAGUGGGUGCCCCAGGACCGAGUUUGGGAAAACCCUGCUUUAGACCACGUGUCAAACUCAUUCCACGGAGGGCUGAGGAUCUGCAGGUUUUCGCUACUCCCUUGUACACUGAACAAGAAUAUAAACACAACGUGCAACAAUUUCAAAGAUUUGAAUGAGUCAAUUUAAAUACAUU